CCUUGUUAUAUAUCAAUGCUUGUAUAUGGAAAUAUCUAUCUAAAGCAUUGAAACUGCGAAUAUUUUGGGAAAAUAUUGAGAGAGAAGAGAUGGAGAGGCAUUUGAAAGUGGUGGUGAUACUGAGUUUUCUUGUAUUGCUCUUGGGGAUUAGCACUAGUAGCAGAGCCCAUGCUGCAGUUUCUCAGUUUACCAUAAGAAAGAUUGAUAAAAUAAAUAAGGAUGGUCCUUAUUUGGGUAUUGUAGUGCCAAAUACUUUUGAGAUGAACCCUCUUCUGCAAUCUCCAAGCUUUGAGGCAGAUCAGAAGCUUCCCUACUUGGAUUUUUCAGGAAGAAGAUUUCGAAUUGGUGUUUUGGAAAAUAAAAAGGUCAUCAUUGUGAUGACAGGAUUGGGUAUGCUUAAUGCAGGUAUAACUACACAAUUAUUAUUAAGUCUAUUCGAGGUGAAAGGUGUUGUACACUAUGGAAUUGCAGGAAAUGCAAAUCCCAAACUCCAAAUUGGAGAUGUGACUAUUCCUCAGUAUUGGGCACACACAGGCCUAUGGAACUGGCAGAGAUUUGGAGAUGGAGCUGAGGAUGAAUUAGCCUUGGAAUCCAAUGGAGACUUUACAAGGAAAAUUGGGUACUUAAAAUUUUCUGACUUCAACAACCCAACCAAAUCUUUUGUUCCAAAUCUUCUGAACAAUGUUUGGUAUCAACCAGAAGAGAUUUUCCCAGUUUCUGGAAUCCCUGAAGCUAGACAGCAUGCGUUCUGGGUCCAAGUUGACCCCAAUUACUAUGCGGUUGCAAAGAAACUAGAGGAUUUGAAACUGGGAAGUUGUGUGAAUCAAACUUGCUUGCCAAGAUCACCAAUUGUGGUGAGAGUGAAAAGGGGGAUCAGUGCCAAUGUGUUUGUGGAUAACAAUGCAUAUGGGCAAUUCUUGAACUCCAAAUUCAAUGCAACUCCAAUUGACAUGGAAAGUGCAGCAGUAGCUUUGGUCUCUGCUCAACAAAAGAAACCCUUUAUUGCAAUUAGGGCAUUAUCUGAUUUGGCUGGUGGUGGUUCCUCUGUCUCCAAUGAAGCUACUAUCUUUGCCUCUCUUGCUGCUCAAAAUGCUGUUGACGUUCUACUUAGAUUCAUAGUCUUGUCCUCUUCCUAGUCAAUUCUGUUUUCUGUACAUUCUUCAUUUUGUAAUUCUUUAGGAUUGAGGUUUUGGAUUCCAGUAACAUACAUAUUUGCACUCCUUGGAGAUUUCAUCAUUA